ACAAAAUACAACUCAAUCUUCUCACUAGAAUCACUCCAAGAUAGCAUUAUUGCCUCCCCAUAUUCCAACUCCCCAAUUCACACACACCCAACAAACAAACCAUGGAAGACCUUGGUGACGAAUACAAACAUUACUGGGAAACAAACAUCUUCCUCCAAACUGAAGAAUUUGACAGAUGGGCAUUGGACGAGCCGAUUUCGGGUUACUCCGAUUCGAGUUCCCCGGACGGAGCAAAAUCGUCGUGGCCGGCGUCGAAAAAUAUAGUCUCGGAAAGGAACAGGAGGAAGAAGCUGAAUGAUAGGCUCCUGGCACUAAGAGCAACAGUCCCCAAAAUUAGCAAGAUGGACAAGGCAUCGAUAAUCAAAGAUGCAAUAGAUUACAUCCAGGAGUUGCAUGAGCAAGAGAGAAGAAUCCAAGCAGAGAUAUGGGAACUGGAAUCCGGAAAAUCGAAGAAAAGCAUGGAUUUUGAGUUGGAUGAAGAGAUGCCCAUGAGAUUGAAGAAGAAGAGAAUGGAUGAUAAUGAAAAUGGGUGUAGAAGAACAUCUCCGAUUGAAAUUCUUGAAUUGAGGGUGUCUUAUAUGGGAGAGAGAACAGUUGUAGUGAGCUUGGCAUGCAGGAAAAGAACAGACACAAUGGUGCAGCUGUGUGAGGUUUUUGAAUCAUUGAAGCUCAAAAUCAUUACAGCCAACAUCACAGCUUUUUCUGGGAGGCUUUUGAAGACGGUCUUUGUUGAGGCUGAUGAGGAGGACAAAGAUGAUUUGAGGAAAAAGAUUGAAACUGCCAUAGCAGCUCGAAAUGAUCCAGAAAGCCCGAUUAGCAUCUAAUUCCAAUUCAAGAACCUGCAUCUACAAAUCUUUGUAAUAUGUUUGGUAGUAUGGAAUUCGUGGCUUCCUAAUGCACUUUAAAAUUGGAGAAAAUUCAACUUAAACUAUAAAUGAAAUUUUUUCCCAAUUUUAAAACAAAGCAUCAAUUCGUCAUCCUUGAAAUUGUAAUUUAGUUAUGGGUUCCAAACUACCAAACAUGAUGUUUAUACAACGGAUGAAUGAUUUCUCACCAUGAACUUUCAUGUUUAAUAAAUUAAGAUUUUUAUUUUUUGUUGA